AAAGCAACUUGUAAGCAGGAUUUCAGACUUCAUAAAUCCUAUUUAACAUUUACGGUGGCGGCAUCAGGUACUCGACCGGCAUUAACGGACUGCCCGCGGCGCGACGGACAUUAUAGCGGAGAGCGCGAGCGAGCGAGACCCUUUAUGUUGGCGCGCAAGUUCUUCGCGAGUUUCGGUGCCUUUCAAUCUUCCGCAUAGAAACCCUAAUUCGAGAGGACAGAAGAUCGACAUUGAAACGCCAAUCCACGCAUAUCCAGGGUCCAAAGUGGGUCGUAGAUUUUGGCUGCCGAGCUCUCGAUGAGGCCUAUAAGGCUCCCGGAACCGACCAGUGGAUCGGCGGGAAUGCCGGAAAUCUUCGAAGGCGGGGAACGUGCGGUCGUGAUUGGGAACGGUUUUGCCGGAGCUGAGAACCAGUGCAUCGGUUUGAUUCGUGCGCUCGGGCUCUUUGAUAGUUUCACAAUAUAUCAUGCCGUUAGACCAAGAGGAGGAUAUAACGUGUGGCUAAGAUGGCUUCCUUUAUCCUUUCACAAAAUCAUAGAUGCCUUAAUCAAACAGUUGCUAGGAAACUCGAAAUUUGCCCUGAUGUCAAAAGGAAAAAGGAUGUCUUAUUUUCCCGCCCAAAAUGGUGGAAGUAUUGGUUUGUCAACAAUUCUAGAAGCUGAUGCAAGGCAUAUAGCCUCAAUUGCUCGAGAAAAUUUUGAGAAGGAAGGUCUUCUUUUAGUUGUUGCUUCUGGAUGGGAUACUAUCUCUAUAGCUGCUUCAAUUAAACGUUUGGCACCCCAAAACGUUUUCUUAAUUCAGAUACAACAUCCUAGAUCUCGUUUGGAUAGGUUCGACUUGGUAGUAGCCCCUCAACAUGAUUAUCAUGCUCUAACCCCUCGAGGACAGCAAGAGGUUCCUCGAUUAUUUCGGUGGUGGAUAACUCCCCGUGAACCUCCUGGCCAAAAUGUGGUUCUUACAUUGGGUGCAUCUGCUGAUUCUGCUGCACUACCUGCACUACGAAUUGCUGCUUCUGAAUGGCAUGACGAGUUAGCACCUUUGCCAAAGCCCUUGAUUGUGGUUAACAUUGGAGGACCAACAAGACAUUGUAAAUAUGGUGCAGACCUUGCCAUUCAAUUGGCAGGUUCACUGCAGAAUGUUUUACCAAGCUGUGGAAGUGUCAGAAUAUCUUUCUCUCGGAGAACUCCUCAAAAGAUUUCUGCCUUUAUAUUGAAAGAACUUGGCGAUGAUCCCAAGGUUUAUGUAUGGGAUGGCACGGGGCCAAACCCACAUAUGGGACAUCUGGCAUGGGCAGAUGCCUUUGUCAUAACUGCUGACUCUAUAAGCAUGUUGAGCGAGGCUUGUAGCUCGGGGAAACCUGUUUAUGUGAUUGGAGCGGAACGUUGCACUUGGAAAUUCUCUGCUUUCCACCGAACGUUGCGCGAGAGGGGCCUGGUUAGGCCAUUUACAGGACUGGAAGAUAUAUCAAAAUUUUGGAGCUAUCCUCCUCUUAACGAUGCUGCCGAGGUUGCUUUGCGUGUUCGUACCGCUCUUGCAGAACGAGGGUGGAGUCUACGACGGUAGCAUGUUUCUCUGAUGCAAAAUCUCUACAAAAGUCCUCAUUUUUUGUAAUCAGCUUUUGCAUAUUUCUAUUGUGUUUUUCUCUUACAGUUGUAAAAUAAAAUGACACUGCAUUGUAUAAUUUGCUUAUGAGUUCUUCAUUAUAAUUAACACUGGUGAUCAAUAUGAUUUCAUUCUGUG